CAAUAAUUUACUCUGCGUAUACUGGACCGCAGCUGAGGCGCGACUUUUACGAGUAUCUGUGAAUUCCUUAUUGAAUAAUCUUCGGCUCAUUGUUGACACAAUUGAGGGGUUUAGCAUAGACUAAUUUGCUAUUAUGUCGACGAUGUUUAUUCGGAAUAUUUUGAAGCGCUUUCAGCCCCUCAGGAGUGGACGCUUCAUUUGUCAUUCAUGUGAACUAUGCAGCCCCACUUACAAUCAAUGUAAUUCUACUGCCUAUUAUUCUCGUUCUCAUGAGACUAGUGAAAACUUGGAAAGUCCACCAACAUCUGGUUCAACAGUCUCGUGGGAUACUAUAAGACGACAAGAUAAAUCAGACUUUCUAUCAAAAAAACGGGGGGUACUCGAUCUAGAUGAGGUCAUUCAGUUUUUAAACGAGGAAGGCUCAUUGGACAUCGUUGUAAUUGAAGUUCCCAAAAAAAUGUGCUAUGUUGACCACUUUAUUAUAUGCACUGCAACGUCGGCAAGGCAUGUUGCAAGCAUUGCUGAAAUGGCAAACAAGUUGUAUAAGUCGAAACGAAGGGGUAAGCAACCUUUCACACUUAUUGAAGGAAAAAGAAUUAGUGAUGAUUGGCAGUGCAUAGACAUGGGAAAUAUGGUGAUUCAUAUAAUGCUUGAAGACACUCGUGAAAAGUAUAACCUCGAAAAGUUAUGGACUCUGGGUCAUAAAUAUGAUGACUUGAUGAAUGAGAAGCCUUCGGACGAAGAGAUCAUGAAAAGAUUAUCAAUGGAUGGUCUAAAUUUAAUGUCUAUGAAUGAAGAUACUGUUAAAGCUUUGGGAAACCUUGAAGACCUCAACCCAUGGGAUAAUCCACCAGAAGACUUUUUUGAUAUGUCAUCAAAAUCUGACAAGAAUGAGUCAAAUGUGGAUGACACACUCGAGGAUGACGAUGCUUUCUUAGUUUAAUGAGGAGAGUAGACAACAAUCAUUAGAUGAUAUAUCUCAAUGUAGAUAUUAUUUUUUUAACCAAGAAGAAAAUGCACUCAAAUGAACCUUUACCCCAAAUUUUUUCCUGUUUCACUUUGUUGAACACAAGCUACUGUCGUUACAAAUGAGUGGGAAGAUUUUUAGAAUCUUGGCUUUUACACAUUGUACUAGAACCACACUUCUCACUAUCAAUAACCAUACCCACUGAUGUGAAACCUUAUUGAGACUGUUCAAUCUAAAAUGAUAAAUUUGAUUUUGUAUGCUGGUCUACUCGAAAACAUUCAUAAAGCUCUUAUUUUAUCUGAGUAAAUGCUUCAAUUCCACAAACACUCAGCAAAAAUUGAGCAUUCAGACCAGACCUACAGGACGUGUGGGCCUUGAGGUGAUUUAAAUAACUCAUGCAUACAAAAUAUAUAAGAGGGUGGGGCCAAAGACCAAUUAUAAGUCAAUUCUAUAUAAAUUCAUUUAAUUCUAAAUGCUCAAUUGACAUCCAAGUUGGCCACUUUCAUCGAUUUUGGCACUACAAUUCUUUGUUACAACAUACUAUCUCGUGCGCUUUAAGGGACAAAUGUAUGACAGCGUAUGCAAUAGAGAUGUUCGGUUCCAGCAUUUUUCAACAUAACAACAAUGACCGAACAAAAAGAUACAACAUUCCAACAAAAGAUGGUUGUGUCGAAUUGAUCAUGUGUUACACUGUUUACACAUUACGAACAAUAUGACACGAUACAAGUUAUAUGGUGAUAAUGAUAACUUGCGUCCUGCAAACAAUUGUUUCGUCUGUUGUAGCCCUUUCUUUUAUUUGAGUUAUGCAGGCCUGAUUUUGACGAACAAAAAAUAUAGUUCACUGGCAAACUUGAAUGUAACUUAAAUCACUGGUCAAAAACAUUUUUAUAAAUCAAGACUAUGUGUAUGGCCAAAUCGUCAAAGGUAAUGUGUGCAUAACUUGCCUAUGUUACGUAAGUCAUUACCAUUCUGUAUUGAUUUUUUUUAUUUAAUAAAUAUUUACAAACGAGUCUGAAAUAA